UAUAAGAUUGUUUAUGUAAAAAGUUUUUCCUUUAAAAUUUUUGUGACAAUGAGGCGAUGUUGCUUUUGUAAUACUAUAAGAACUCAUGAAUCUAGAGUAACAUUUCACAAGUUUCCUCUUAAAGAUCAACGUCUUUUAAAACAGUGGAUAAAUAAUUUUCCUACAAAAAAUUGGACACCAACAAACUCGGCCAUCUUAUGCUCUAACCAUUUUACAGAAGAUUGUUUUGAGCGUUCAGCAUUUAAAGUACGAUUAAAACCCAACAGCAUUCCAACGCGUUUUGAUAAUCCUCCCCAUUCCUUCUGUAUAUAUUGUAAACGCAAGCGUAUAUAUAAAUCAGGAUAUUCUUUUUUCAAGUUCCCAGUAGACAAAUCAGAUCUUUUAAAAAAGUGGCUUGAUAAUAUUGGAAUCAAGAAUUGGACUCCAAACAGCAGCAGUCUUUUAUGCUCUGAACAUUUUGAAGAAACUUGUUUUCGCAAGAUAGGAAAAUAUUUGAAGCUAAAAGAGGGAAGUGUUCCAACAAUAUUCAAGGUUGAAUAUUUUAGCAAUAUAAAGUCAGAAACAGUUCCUCUUUGUGAGACAGAAUUUAAUCAAAAGAUACACUUUAAUGAUAAUAAUGAGUUUAACCCUGUACAACAAGCUUCUUGCAAUGAAUUAAGAAAUCAAAUACAUUCAGCAGAAGAAAAUGUAGACAAGUUAUCAAUGUCCAAUAAUACUGGAUCAUGGAUUAUAAGUUCAAUAAUUCAUGAUCAUCAUUAUGAUGCUUCUCCAGCAUCUCCAGCAAUACUACGUAGAAAGCUUAUAAAAAAUCAAGAAAUGUUAAAGAAUAAGAACCAUAUUAUUAAACUUCAGAAACGACAGCUUCAACGCCUUCGAAUACGCUUAAUGGACUUGAAAGAAAUAAUAAUGAGAUUACGGCGUCAGCGCAUGGUAAAGCCAAUGCAUCAGAAAAUUAUUUGAGCUGUAAUGUAAAAGAAUUUAUAGAGUGUCUUAAAAAGAUGAUAAGUUGUUGACCAAACGCCAAUGCCCACAAAUUUUGCAUUAACUACAUUUUUAUUCAUCUCGUCUAUAUAAUUGUGUGUGGAAAGAUGAACAGCAAGGCUUUGCCUGCAGCAAGUGCAUUAAAAUCGUGAUACUAUUCUAUAGAGAGCCAGAGUUUGUUUUGAAAAGUUUUAUAACGUUAAAAUGUAAAUUGUUUGUAAAGUUAUAAAAUUAACAGAACAAUCAUUUAUCAUGCAAUUACAAUAAAGGUUUUUUGCUAACUGAAUCUCGGUUUUAAUCAAUUGUGCAA